UGCUGAAUCUGCUCGCUUGUUCUCAACCAGCCAGCAGCACCAGCAGCGGUCGGGCUUGAGUAUGAUCGCUGUUCGGAGAGCAUAGAUGUGCAAAACCCCUGGAAUAUCCGUGCGCUGGAGAGGCCAGAACCGACCACCGUGGAGGACUGUCUUUUUGUAGUCGUCAAAAGGAAAAGAGCCACGGUUGAAGCAUGGCGGUAGAAGAGGAAGGUCUCCGGGUUUUCCAGAGCGUUAAAAUAAAAAUAGGGGAAGCAAAAAACAUCCCUCCGUACCCGGGGCCAAACAGGAUGAGGGACUGCUACUGCACUGUCAACCUGGACCAAGAAGAGGUCUUCAGGACCAAGAUCAUCGAGAAGUCACUCUGUCCAUUCUAUGGGGAGGACUUCUACUGCGAGAUCCCACGUAGCUUCAGACACCUCUCCUUCUACAUCUUCGACAGGGACGUCUUCAGGAGGGACUCCAGUAUCGGCAAGGUUGCAGUAAAGAAAGAGGACCUGCAGAAAUAUCACGGCAAAGACACCUGGUUUCAGCUACAACCCGUCAGCGCUGACUCAGAGGUGCAGGGAAAAGUGCACCUGGAGCUGCGUCUGAGUGAAGUCAUCACAGACAGUGGAGUCAUCAACCAUAAACUAGCCACACGAGUGCUGGAGUGCCAAGGUCUUCCAAUCGUCAACGGCCAAUGUGAUCCUUACGCUGCUGUCUCCUUACUAGGUCCUUCAAGGUCAGAGGCCAAGAAGACCAAGGUGAAGAGGAAAACCAACAAUCCACAGUUUGAUGAGGUUUUCUAUUUUGAGGUGACACGGCCAUUAAGUUACACAAAGCGGCACUUUGAUGUUGAAGAGGAGGAUGUUGACAAGCUGGCCCUGAGGGUGGAUCUGUGGAACGCCAGCAACCUGAAGUUCGGGGACGAGUUCCUGGGAGGUGUGCGUGUUCCUCUUCGGGUCUUGGGUCAGGCUGGGGUCCACGACGCAUGGUACUUUCUCCAGCCUAGAGAGAAUGGAGGGAAGUCAGUGAAAGUAGAAGAGCUCGGCUCUCUGCGUCUGAACAUCGUUUACACCGAAGACCACGUCUUCCCCUCCGAACACUACACUCCCCUCAGAGAUCUACUGUUGCACUCUGCUAACGUAGGGCCUGUGUCGGCGUCCACGGCUCACAUCCUGGGGGAGGUAUGUCGCGAGAAACAAGAAGCCGCCAUUCCCCUCGUGCGCCUGUUUCUCCACUACGGCAAGAUUGUGCCUUUCAUCAGUGCCAUCGCUCAUGCUGAAGUCAACCGCACGCAGGAUCCUAACACCAUUUUCCGGGGAAACUCACUGACUUCCAAGUGCAUUGAUGAGACCAUGAAGUUGGCCGGGAUGCACUAUCUGCAAGUCACACUCAAACCCAUCAUAGAUGAGAUCUGCACAGAACACAAACCCUGUGAAAUCGACCCGGUCAAGCUCAAAGAGUCUGAGAACCUGGACACGAACAGGGAAAACCUUCGUCAGUAUGUAGACCGUAUUUUCACUGUCAUCACCACUUCUGGCGUUCGCUGUCCCACCGUCAUGUGUGAUAUUUUCUUCUCUUUGAGAGAGUCUGCUGCCACCCGGUUCCAAGUUGACCAAGAUGUCCGAUACACCGCAGUAAGCAGUUUCAUUUUCCUGCGUUUCUUUGCUCCAGCCAUUCUCUCCCCCAACUUGUUCCAUCUACGGCCACACCAUCCAGAUCCCGCCACCUCUCGAACCCUCACCCUCAUCUCAAAGACGAUACAGACCCUGGGAAGUCUUGCCAAGUCGAAAUCUGCCAAUUUCAAAGAGUCUUACAUGGCUGCAUUUUAUGACUACUUCAAUGAGCAGAAAUAUGCGGAUGCUGUGAAGAAUUUCCUGGACCUGAUCUCCACUUCUGGCAAAUGGGAUCAGAAGAGUAUUGAAACACCAAUCAUGCUCAAAGAGGGAUUUAUGAUCAAGAGAGCACAAGGGAGAAACCGGUUUGGAAUGAAGAACUUUAAGAAGAGAUGGUUUCGCCUCACCAACCACGAGUUUACCUACCACAAAACGAAAGGUGAGGGCGCUCUGUGCAGCAUUCCCAUAGAGAACAUUCUGGCUGUAGAGAGGCUAGAGGAAGAGUCUUUCAAGAUGAAAAAUAUGUUCCAGGUUAUUCAGCCGGAGCGGGCACUCUACAUCCAGGCCAACAACUGUGUUGAGGCGCGCGACUGGAUCGACAUCCUGACCAAAGUCAGCCAGUGCAACCGCAAACGCCUGAGCACCUACCAUCCUUCAGCCUACCUCAAUGGCCACUGGCUCUGCUGCAAGCUCUCAGCAGACACGGCCUCUGGGUGUACACCCUGCACUGGCGGUCUCCCAGCAAACAUCCAGCUGGACGUAGAUGGCGACAGAGAGACCGAGAGGAUUUAUUCCCUGUUCAGCACAUACAUGACCAAACUGAUCAAGAUGCAAGAGGCCUGUGGCAGUAAGUCUGUGUAUGACGGGCCCGAACAGGAGGAGUACUCCAGCUUUGUUAUCGAUGACCCCCAAGAGACCUACAAAACCCUGAAACUGAUUGUUUCAGCGGUGCAGACCUUGGAGCAGCAGCACACCAAGUACAAACGUGACAAGUUCAAGAAGACAAAGAUAGGCAGCCAAGAGCAUCCGAUUGGAGACAAGAGUUUUCAGUGCUACAUCCGCCAGCAGUCUGAGAGCUCUACCUACUCCAUCUAACCACGACCCUGUGUACUGUUUCUAUGAUGCCCAGAACCAGCAUAUUUUUCUUAAUUGCAAAGAAAUACAUUUCCAAUGCAACGUGUCUGUGAAAAUUUCACUUUCACUAAAAAAAGAUAUUUCUGGAAGCAGGUGAUGCUGGUUUAGAAACAAGUUUCACCUGACUGGCUUAUUUGUUUUGUUCUAAGGAAAAUAUGAGUUUUAAGAGUCAAUACCAGACUGAAUGAGCUGUGCAGAUGGACUGUUUUUGCAGUGUCUCAAGGUGCAUCACUCCAAAUUUGGAGAACAGACCUCAGAUCGGCAAGAAAAAAAGGAGCAGAGGAAAGGAGGGAUACGAACGAAGAGAUAAUCAUACCAUACAUCUAUUUGGGUCUCCUUUCUGUGAUGUGAUAAGAGAACAAACGUUUUCACUGGACAGUUUUGACAGUGACCAACACGCACUUUAGUGGCCUCAAAAUCUAUGGAUGAACAAGCCUCGCAGCACACUUUCAAAAAGCUUAUUUUAUCUGUUUGAUUUGUAUUUAGUUAUUUUAAUGGUUGUUGAAAUGUUGCAUUGUAUUUUUCUCUGGAAGGAAGGAAGGACUGUGAUUUUUUUGCCCCUUGGGUGGUGGUGUCCCCGUGAACCUGCUUUUAAAAAAAUUAGUGUUUUAGUGUUGUUUUUGUUUUGUCCCCAACCUCCUCAGGAAGGUCUGUGAAGGACGAGGGCACAGAGGAAGGCAUUGUCGGGACCAAGCACCGCCAAGAGCAACUUGAUGUUAGCUAUCAAAAAAAACUCCACGGACAAUUUUAUCCCACGUUUUUAAUCCUUAUCAUCAAUGUGUUGAUGUAUAGGUUGAAGUUUUUCACAUUUCAUUUAAAACCUUGUUCUGUUGUGGCUGGAUAUCAUGCACCUGUGUAACCAGUACCUAAGUUACAGGAUAGUUUUUCUUUUCUUUUUUAUGCUCACACUGAGUCAGACAAACCCACAGAUGCUUUUAUUGUAUCUGUGUAUGCUGUUUGAAAGUAUGUUGAACUGCACAGCAUGGGUGAGUUUAUGGAUGUCAAGUUCUAGCUUCUCUUUUAAGUAAUACAAAUUACACUGGAUGCCUGAUUAGCUGAACUCCAUCAUGAUCUCAAUCUAUUAAUAAAGAAAUUAGAUUAUGUCAAAAAAAAUAAAAUAAUUUGUGCUAUAAACUGAAAUUGUAAUGUCUUUACAAUAUACACUCAGUGGCCACUUAAUUGGGGACACCUGUACAAUAUAUGAAAAAAAUGAACAUCAAAAAAAUGAACAUCAUAGGAAUCCUAAAGGUUGACUUUAUGGUAGAACAGUUGUAUUGGAUUUAAUUAUAUUGUACAGGUGCACCUAAUAAAGUGGCCACUGAGUGUAUAUAGUAUAUAGUGUGCAGAAUUAAUAAACAGAUUUGUAAUUAAUUAAUUAAAUUACAAUAACUAAUUGUUAUACCACAUGCUGAACAUAGAACCUUGGGUAGUUUCCCGUUUUGCCCAGUUGGUAAUCCAAUCUUAGUUGACAUGCACACACAUCCAAGGUGAAUAAACAUUAGUAGUUCCAGAUAAGUAACAUUAACUAACUGUUCCAGGUGCAUUUGCAUGGAAAACAGUGUCUUUUAAGAGGUGUUGGUACUUGUUCCUGAUGUCUAGGCUAAGAUCAACAUUCAACAUACCGUCAAACUGCAUGCAAGCAUUUUUAAAAGCAUGUUUGUUUCUCUCUGUGUGAGUAGAAAAAUAGUUAAAGCCAAAGCAGAAAUUAACAAGGAUGGUUUUUAGCUUAACUUCUAAUUAAUCGAUAUACUAACAUUUUAACCAGUCUUGUCUCAAGUUAUGAUUGUGAAAUGGAUAGUUUGUUACUGGUUGUGUUACCCUGUUAAUGAUGUAAUUCUUCUGUUUUGUGAGUCUUACUUUGGAAAAGCUACCCUCCACCCCCCCUCCUGUAUUUUAAAACCUAUUUAUAUGCAUUCCUUUGAUAAAAUGCCUGCUGUGAAUCUUACCGGUCAGCGACCCAGAAUCUGUUGAAGGUACAGGUUUUAUUGUUGUUAACAGGUUGAUUUGUUCUAUGCUUCCCAAAGGCAACCACUCUCAUUAGCAUUAAUAUCCAUCAGCACUCACCCUCACCAAACCACUGCAUGUGAAGUAUGGUUGUAGUCACAAAUCACAACAAAUUUUUGUAUUUUCCAAAAUGAAGUACCUGGUUAUGUAGCCUCAUGGGUGUUCCCAUGAUCACAGGAUCCCAAACAGUGCCAGUCAUCACUUUUAUAAAAUUAUCUUUUUGAAAAAGAAAACAAAAAAAAUUGUUUGGAUAUUUUUUUUUACAUAUGAAAACUGUUUUAAAAAACAGAUAAGCAAUUAUUCAGAUGACAUCUUUUCUUUGUUGAUAUGUUGAUCUAUAAGGAAGGUUUCUCAACAAUUUGACUCUGUUUUCUAUCUUUGUCUUGUCAUACAGAAAUCUUGCUGUGUAUAUGAGUUGAAUGACUGAGGUGUGUGUGUGUGUGUGUUUUAUGUGUAUUUGCGUGUUUGUGAGUGUGUGCAUUUGUCAGUAUGUGCAUGAGUGACUGACAUGACGGGUUAUAUUGCCAAUUGAAUACACAUAGUGUUACAGGUCAGGAAAGGCAGAGUCCCACUUGUUAAAAAAGAGAAAAUCACUGCCUGUAGUUAUACUAAAGACUAGUAGGACUGUGGAAACACUACUCUGGCCUGAUCAAGUGUAUCUCCACUUUCCUCUUGUAUAGAACCACUGUUCCAUUUCAAGGAACCUUUGCCAAUAUAUUCUCCCCAAACAUGUUAUGUAUGCAACGCAGUAAUAAUGUUGAUGAAACUUUAAGGGAGCACCAUUGCUUUAAUUCUGAACUUUGGUGAGUGUUUGUUUCCACCAGUUACUAACUCUCCUCAGGUUUAUGAAACUCAGCAUUUUGUUAUUGUUGUUUUGCCAAGAGUGAGGAGACUCGGAGUGAUAAACCACCAAACAGCUCUGUCUCUCAUCCCUAACUUGGAAAUCAUAAUUAUUUUUCAUUUUCAGUGAAACCUUCCCAGAAACAUCGGCGGUGUUGGUGGGGUAAUGGCAGUUACAGUAAUGGCAGCUCCUCCACCCCGAAGCCCACAAAGGAAUGACUUAUGCAAUAAUAGUGUUUCAGCAUGCAAUAAUAUUAACAACCCCUCAAUAAGCCCAUCAAAUUAUCACAAAUUAACAACAUACAUCUGCUGACCUUUUGCAGUAAGAUGCCUCUUCAGAUAAACACUUAUUAUAAAGGGAGAACAGUGUAUUUUGUACAAAUAUUUUAAAAAGUAUUAAAGUAAGCCUGUUAUAUGUGUACAUAAAACAGUUGAAUGAAUGGUGAAAAUGUGAUGUGUUUUUCCCUCUGAAUAACUAAAUGAAACGAUAUUAAUGCAAA